GGUGAGGAAACUUCAGCUGAAUGGAGACAUUCUUAGAAAUGUACAUGUUGGCUUUAUAGAUAUCUGUCAUCUGGUGAAUUAUCUAAGAGUGAAGUCACUUACACUGAGCUACAUCCAGGCUAAGACAUUAUCUGCAGAAGAUAUUACACAAUGUGAAAAAUAAUUAGAAAACCUCAACAUCUGGAACUCCGAAAUACAUGAUCUUGAUUUAAAGUUCUGGUCAAAUUUGACAAAUCUGGAGGCAUUGGAUUUGGCUCAUGUGAGGCUGAACGAAUCAAACUUCUGCUCAGCUCAACAUCCGUCAGAGUCUAGACUUAUUUCUCUCAACCUGGAAGGAAAUUUACUUACAACAAUCACAGUCAAACAGUUUUCUUGUAUGCAUCAAUUGGAGAUCCUUGAUUUGAGUUUCAAUUUGAUCACAACGCUCCAAAAGUUGGCAUUCUGGGGAUUAACUCGUCUCCGGAUUUUGAGGCUCACACACAACAACAUAAGCAAACUAAAUACUGAUGACUUCAAGUGGGUCCCAGUUCUGGAGGUUCUAGAUCUAGAUCAGAAUUCAAUUGCCAGCAUAGAGGAUGGAGUCUUCAAGAAACAGAGAGAGCCGCAAGAGCUGAGGCUUGGUAAGCUGGACAUCAUAUACAUUCUAAAAAUCAACAUGAUAUUUUAUGCCAAUGAGAUCCCACCUAAACUGCGUUAUCUCAACAUAGAUGCAAGCUAUGGAACAAAUUUUGAAAUAAGUCCAAAAACGAUUGCUCCAAACGGUACACUUAUUUUCCAUCUGAAUGGAGACUAUCUGGAGGUCAACCUGUGUGAUAAUGCAUUUUUUAAAGCAGUCAGAGAGUUAGAAGUGAGCACCUCUCACUUCUCCUGCAGAACUGAGUUCAUGGCACGCUGCUUCCCUAAUCUGGAGUCGUUCGAGUUCCUCACCCGUAUUGACAAAGUCACAGUCACCUACUCCGGGAUCAACACCCUCAGGCACCUGAAACGCCUCAAACUGACCAACCUCAACUUUGCCAAACAGACAGACGCUGGAACGAUCUUCCACAACCUCACCAAACUUCAGAUCCUGGUCUUGAACAACUGCCGAUUCACUUUCCUCACCAGGAGCAUGUUCCAGAACCUGACCACUCUGCGCAUUCUGUGCCUCUACAGUGCCUCCCCUCUCCUGCUGCUGGACGGGGUGUUUGACGUUCUCAACUCGCUGACCACUGUUGUGUUUGACAAAGUAGAUUUCCGCUGUGACUGUGAAAACAGUUGGCUACUGAGAUGGGCAGAGAGAUCCGUACAUGCUCAGGUUAUCUACCUCCAGAGACAGGAGUGCAUGUGGCACUACAAAAAACGGAACUUCCUGUCCACUAUGGAGCGUCUAUGCCAAACAGACAUGGAGUACCAGUGUUAUCUGGCCACAGCUCUCACCAUCUCGUUCCUCAUGGCCACGGCGCUGGGUUACAACUUCGGUCGUUGGCCUUUCCUGGUACUCUUCUUCCGAGCACGUGGGCGGCUGGAAAGAAGAAUCGGGCAGAGAAGAAGGAGAGGACGACGAAUGGAUGAACGUGCUGGGGAGGAGGAGGAGGAGGAAGAUGUGCAGUUUGAUGCGUUUGUGUCCUUCAGUAGCCGGGAUGAAGCAUGGGUGCUGAGGGACUUGGCGCCCCGCUUGGAGGAGCAGGGUGAGCCCAGGCUCAAGCUCUGCCUGCAUAACAGGGACUUUGAGGUGGGUAAAGGAAUCGUGGACAACAUUGCCGAGAGCAUCUACAGCAGCCGUCGGACAGUGUGCGUGCUUAGUCGCCGUUACCUGCGCAGCGACUGGUGUGCUCUGGAGCUACGCGUGGCCACUCACCGCCUGUUGGCCGAGCAGAAACAUCGGCUCAUCAUCAUCUUCCUCGAGCACAUCUCUCCCUUUGAGCUCUCAGCAUUUCACCGACUAGCGAAGCUGGUGAAGUCACGGACGUACCUGGACUGGCCAGAGGACGAUGCUGAGAGGGUGAAUUUCUGGGAACGGCUACGUAGAAACAUCGCUGAGGAAGACAGGGUGAGUGUGUGGAAAAUCUGUGUGUGUGUGUGUGUGUUUGGUGGGGUGGGGCGGGGGAGUGGAGGCCUGGGCAGAGAACAUUGGCUCCAUCUGAACUUGCCCCCUCCCAUGCAGCCCUGUAAUGAGCUCUUCCUGUUGCCUGGGAAACCAGGCCCAUAA